CUACAUUCUGAAAUAGUUGUAUAUGGGCUGGGUCACAGGGAAAGUGAAACUCAGAGCUAAUUUAAGGCUGGACACAGAGUCAGCAACACACAAGACAUCAUCUUGAAGGAAGGAUGGCUUUGGCCGGACCAAGACUGAGACUUGGAGACCUGAUUGAGAUUUCUCGCUUUGGCUAUGAACACUGGGCCAUCUACGUGGGAGAUGGCUAUGUGGUCCAUCUGGCUCCCACAAGUGAAAUUGCUGGAGCUGGUGCGGCCAGUGUCCUGUCUGCCCUGACCAACAAAGCCAUAGUGAAGAAGGAACUGCUGUCUGUGGUGGCUGGAAGAGACAACUACAGGGUCAAUAACAAACACGAUAGCAGAUACACACCACUGCCUUCCAACAAAAUCGUCAAGCGGGCAGAGGAGUUGGUGGGGCAGGAGUUGCCUUAUUCGCUGACCAGUGACAACUGCGAGCACUUCGUGAACCAUCUGCGCUAUGGCGUCUCCCGCAGUGACCAGGUCACUGGUGCAGUCACGACAGUAGGUGUGGCAGCAGGCCUGCUGGCUGCCGCAGGCCUUGUGGGGAUCGUGCUGGCCAGAAGCAAGCGGGAAAGGCAAUAAAUCCAAGAAGUUGUCCCAACAACAACCAAUUCUUACGGAGGAAUAUUAUUUAGCCAGCAGGAGUGGAGUUUGGUUUACUGAUUUUACUGUUUUGUGUUCAUGAAUCUUUAUUUUAAUGGAGUUAAAAGCAUAGGAAAACGUAUUUGGAAAUGCAGCUUAGUAUGAAUUCCAUUAAAGACACAAUUGGGCUCUGC